AUGUCAUCAUCUUCAUCCGAUGGUCUAGACGAAAGAAUAGACGAACUUGUUGAUGAAAUCGUUGAAGAUUACUACAACGACAUAGUGGAGGACCAACCCGAUGAUGAGGCGAAUCGUGCUUAUAUUGAACAAGACCGUGAAGGAGGAGAUGAUCAGUUAUGGAAUGACUACUUCAGUGAAGACCCGACAUACUCGGCACAAAUAUUUAGAAGACAUUUCUGCAUGAAAAAGAAUUUAUUCCUGCGUAUUGUCAGAGCCCUCAAGCAGAACUUUAUAUUCUUUCAGCAGAGAAAAGAUGCAACCGGGAGGUGGGGUCUAUCAUCACUACAAAAGUGUAUGACGGCUAUUCGUCUGCUUGCUUAUGGUACAGCGGCUGACUCGGUUGACGAAUAUCUCCGACUUGCUGGCACCACAGAACACUCUUGUUUACAUCAUUUCACUGACGCAAUUAUACAGUUAUUUGGCGAUGAGUAUCUACGACGACCCACAAAGGAGGAUCUUCAACGACUACUCUAUAUUGGAGAGCAACACGGUUUUCCAGGGAUGAUCGGGAGCAUUGACUGUAUGCAUUGGGAGUGGAAAAACUGCCCAACUGCUUGGAAAGGACAAUACACGCGUGGAUCCGGAAAACCGACGAUUUUUUUAGAGGCUGUAGCUUCACAAGAUCUUUGGAUAUGA